AUGUCAGGUCCUAUCAUUGGUAUUGCAUUUGGUAACACUUCCUCAUCUAUUGCCUACGUCAAUCCAAAGAACGAUGUCGAUGUCAUCGCUAACCCAGAUGGUGAACGUUCCAUCCCAUCUGUGCUAUCUUACGUUGGCGAAGACGAAUACCAUGGUGGUCAAGCUUUGCAACAAUUGGUGAGAAAUCCAAAGAACACUAUUAUUAACUUCCGUGACUUUAUUGGUUUACCAUUCUCCGAAUGUGAUGCUUCCAGAUGUGCAACCGGUGCUCCAGUCAUCGAAAUCGAUGGAAAGGCUGGUUUUGUUGUCAACAGAGGCGAUGGUGUUGAGGAAAAACUUACCGUUGAUGAAGUUGUCUCCAGACACUUGAAGAAUUUGAAGUUAGCCGCAGAAGAUUACAUUGGUCAAACCAUUUCUAAAGCUGUUUUGACUGUCCCAACCAACUUCACUGAUGUCCAGAAGGACGCUUUGAAGAAGGCUGCUGCAAAUGUUGAAUUGGAAAUUGUUUACUUCAUCAAUGAACCAUCCUCUGCUCUAUUGGCUCAUGUUGAAGAAUUCCCCUUGGACAGAGACCAAAACGUCGUCGUUGCUGAUUUCGGUGGUGUUAGAUCUGAUGCCGCUGUUAUUGCUAUCCGUAAUGGUAUCUUCACUUUGUUGGCUACUGAACAUGAUUCUAAGUUAGGUGGUGACAACUUGGAUGCUGCUUUGAUCGAUUUCUUUGCCGACGACUUUGAAAAGAAGAAUAAGUCCAAUCCAAAGAAGAACGCCAGAUCUUUGGCUAAAUUGAAGGCAAAUGCCCAACUGACCAAGAAAACCUUAUCUAACGUUACUACAGCAACCAUCUCGAUUGACUCUUUGGCUGAUGGUUUCGAUUACCAUUCUUCAAUCAACAGAAUGAGAUACGAAUUAGUGGCAAACAAGGUCAUUUCCCAAUUCACUGCUUUCAUUGAAAAAGUCAUCAAGAAGGCCGAUUUAGACACUUUGGACAUUGAUUCUGUGCUUUUGGUCGGUGGUACCGCCUUCACACCAAAGUUGGCCACCAACUUGGAAUUUAUUUUCCCAGAAUCUGUUGAAAUCUGGUCUCCUCUAUCUAAGAAUGCCUCUAACAAUCCAAACGAAUUGGCCGCAUCCGGUGCCGCUACCCAAGCCCAACUUUUGUCCGCAUAUGACGCUGAUGAAUUGGCCCAAUCACUAGAACCAAUCAUUAUCAACACACCGCAUUUGUCUAAGCAUAUUGGUCUAGUCGAUGCCAAUGGUGACUUCGUUCCAGUAUUAUUGGCUGAAACUUCUUACCCAGUCAAAAAGUCCAUCACAUUGAAGAAGGCUGUCGGAGAUUUCACCGUUGCUGUCUACGAAGGUGAGCAUCACAUCAAGGAAUCUGUCUUAGAACCAGCUCCAAAGGAAGAAAAACCUGCCAAGACUGAAGACGAUGAAGACGAUGAAAGUGACUGGUCUGACGAAGAUGACGAACCAGAAGUUAUCAGAGAAAAGCACUACCAAUUGGGUAACAAAUUGAUGGAAUUAGGUGUCAAAGAUGUUAAGGGUCUAGAACUUAUUUUCAAUGUUGACAAGGAAGGUGUACUAAGAGUCGCUGCCAGAGACUUGAAGACUAACAACGUUGUUAAAGGUGAAUUAUAA